CUUGGCUGUGUUUUUGCUUGUCGGUCAUCACGAUCGCUCACCACUCUGCCUCCUUUUCCAGAAUCUGACGUGGCUGUUUUUCUGAGCUCAGUCUCUCUUUUUUUUUUUUAACACUCUUCUCCAAUGACUUCGCUGUUUGAUCGUCCGCUGCCUUUCGAGGCCUUUGGACAGUUCCACAACAUUGACGCCAAGGUCCAGUCGCACCUCAAGGGCGUCUAUGCCACGCUCGCUGCGUCCGUGCUCAUCGCCGCUCUCGGCGCAACGCUCGGCCAGCGCUUUGCGUUUGCCUUCGAGUACCCGUACCUCGUCUCGUUCGCCUGCCUUGGCUUUGUGCUGUGGCUGGCCAUGAACCCAGAGGGCUCGUCCACGUUUGGCACCCGCGCGGCCAUGUUUGGCGGAUACUCGUUCUUCCAGGGCGUCGCCUUGGCCCCGCUCGUCUGGUUGCUCGCCGAGAUUGACCCGAGCAUUGUCUCGACUGCCUUCCUCGGAUCCGUCGCCAUCUUUGCCUCGUUCUCACUGACCGCCCUCUAUGCCCAGCGCCGCGUCGAUCUCUGGCUCGGCGGUCUGCUCAGCUCGGGCUUGUCUGUGCUCUGCUGGACCAAUCUGCUCGCCUUCUUCUUCCCGAGCAUGUUCUUCUUUAACAUUCAGCUCUACCUGGGUCUGAUGGUCUUCUGCGGCUAUGUCAUCUUCGACACUCAAGUCAUCAUCUUCAAGGCCACUCGCGGCGACCGUGACGUGAUUAUGCAUUCGCUCGAGCUCUUCCUCGAUUUUGUCAACAUCUUUGUCCGCAUUGCCUCCAUCCUUGGCAAGGACAAGAAGAAGAAGAAGUAAAUACGCUUUGCUUUUUUUUUCCUCUGUGCCUCGUUUUGUUUCGGUUUUCCCCAGAUUGAUUGAGAGCUAGUCAUUCUCAUAUACCAUGUAAAGUCCAUCAAUUUGAUGAAUACAAAUAAAUACGUUUUGCAAAGCACCAUUGACACUGCGACACGAACAGCGUUGGGUGUACUUUGUCGCCAGAUUAGUCUCAUCUCGAACUCUCAUAU